UUAAACUCCAAUAAUGUAAACAAAAACAUAAAUAAAAACCUAAACAACAGCAUGAAUAAAAACAUAAACAACAACAUGAAUAAAAACAUAAACAACAACAUAAACAACAAUCCUAGAAACGACAAAAUUAUGAAUGCGAACUCAAACAACAAAAACAUCGCUAAAAGCGAAAUCAAAAACGUAAACGACAACAGCAACAACAACAACAACAAUACAAGUACUGCAACAACAACCGAGGAUAAAAUAAAAACCGACAAUUCGACGCAAACCGAUCCGAAUAUAUUCUGCGGCUUCCACAAUCAUCGCAUCAAAAGACUUGUCGAUGAGAUCCUCUAUGCCUAUUUGUACCCUGUAAGAAAGUACGAUCCAGUUAAAUGCGGCUAUCUUUGCAGGAGUCUCUGUAAGAUGAUUCGUGAUAGGUCGCAAGAAAUUACAAAGGCUUAUGAUUGGUUAGAUGGUAAGGAAACUCUACCCCUUAAAUUAGUCAUCAACGUCGUCAUUGGUCAGGAUUUGAACCAGAAUUUUCAAAUGGCCUGCAGGACUUGGUCAGACGUCAACAAAGAUGGAUUCGUCUGCUGCGUUUAUAGGAACAACGUCAUAUUUGCCGUAGCCACCGUGCACGGCAUGGACAACAACACCUGCUAUUGUCAUGGAGACGACCCACAAGCUCAACAACAACAGCCACACCAACAAUACAACAGCAGCAGCAGCAACAACGUUUUCAGCGAAGCGAACGAAUUCAAGAAUCAUGCUCAGCUCAGUGGCGGAUCUUGGGGGUGGGACACUGCCUUCUCUCCCCCCGUUGUGAACGAAAUUUUAAUAAAACAAAAAGGACUGUUUAAUCCAGAGUUGCAGAUAACACUCAUUCAUUCUGUCUUUCAUCUCAACAAAGCUUACAAAUACACCGUGAAACUUUUCUUCAAACUGACUAAGAGCCAAUCUAAGCAGUAUUAUGUAAACGUUUCGUCAAAAGUGACACACCCAUGA